AUGAAGAAACCACAGUUGGGCACGGCCGAUUAUCUGCAACUACUCUACGCGGCGUCCAAGGGAUUGGCGACACUGGCAUGGGCAGCAGCGACAGGAUGGGCUCGGGGCGACGAUUGCCCGAAGCAGUACCAGAAGCACAUCAUCUAUAGCUUCACGAGGACAAUCUUUAAUGCCAUUUCAGUGCGACAAGCUCAAGGAGUAGGCGAGACCACUGGAGAAGUAUACGAGGCCUUUUGUAAGAAACAAAAGAUCCAACCUGAGAUCGUCGACCUCGAAGAAGGAGGGCGCGCGCUCUCGCUUGGGCCAGCAAAUGCCACGAAAACUGUGCUUUGGUUUCACGGCGGAGGAUACAACCUCGCUGCAACACCUCCUCAUUUCGAAUUCUUCUGGAGUGUGAUCCAACAGGCCAAAGAAAAGGGCGUUGGCCUGCGUGUGGUGAUGCUCGAAUAUGAACUGGCUCCCCAUGGUGUAUAUCCAUUGCAACUCAAACAGGCUGUCGCUGCCUUGAAAUAUCUUCUGAACUCGGGUACAAAGCCUUCACAGAUCAUCAUUGGUGGUGAUUCAGCGGGAGGGAAUUUGACUGGUGGUGUCCUCGGGCACAUUUCUCAUCCCAAACCCGGUGUACCAGAGGUUGCAUUGUCUGGAAACUUGGGCGGUGCAUUAUUCGUCUCACCGUGGGUGACGUUUGACCAGAGUGCACCCGCGUUCAAGAAGAACUAUUACAGGGAUGGCCUGGGUCUCGAAGCCCUAAAGACGUGGAGUGAUAACUUCAUGGCCGGUGCCCAGCCGGACAACUACAACACACCCCUGGACGCUCCGGCGGAAUGGUGGAAAGGGAUCAAAGUGGGCGAUGGAGACGUCGCCAUCGUCGCCGGCGCAAAUGAGAUUCUGGUCGAUGACAUCCGUGAGUUCAAGGAUCACGUCAAGGUCAACAGUCCCAACCUGGAGUAUUUGGAGGCUGCCGAAGAGGGUCACGAUGGUUUUGUCAUGGAUCGAGCAUUUGGGUUGACGGCACCGUUGGCCAGUGAAGAUUUUUGCAAGAAAUGGAUUUUGGCAAAGCUGUAGUUACAAGUUUGUGAUGGGGGACGAGGGAUUCGUGGUCUAUUUUGUCUAUCUUUGCUCUAUAGCUACCUCGGGUUUCAUGAGGUGUUAGAAGGAGUCUGGUAUUUAUCAUCAGUAUCGAAGACAGUGAUUGUUUAGUUUCCUCAG